AUGACGGUGGCAGCUUCAGUCAUAGCGAUGCGCUCUCGACGUCGCAGCUUGCCAGACGAGUCAGCGGAGGCCGAGGCCGAGGAGGAGGAGGAGGAGGGUAUCGCAACUGGCGCCGCACGCCUGCCGCUCGAUGAGUGGCUGCAGGAGGUCCAGCUACAUGCAGACUUGGCAAAAGACAUUGAGGAGAAGUUUGGCAGCGUUCCCCAGCAGGCCGAGAAAGUGGUUCACGACGUUGUGAUGCGCAUCCAAGAAGGUGCCCAACGAUGUGUCGCACCUUCUGCCACGGCACAUCCGUUCGGCUCUACAGUGAACGGAUUCGGUGAGGAAUCGUCCGAUCUGGAUGUGCUUGUAGCGAUAGAAGAGGAGGAGCUCACCUACUACAUGAGCUACGCCAGCUUUCAGAAUCGCUACCAAAGGCUUGGCAACCCCUUGCUUCAUGAUGAAGCCAUUUCCGACUUUGCUUCGCCGUCUUUGCUGCUCAAGGCGGUGACGCCGAAGAGCGCGAUGACGCAUGCCGUGCAGCAGCUGGCCGACUUCUUGCCAGAGCUGGGCUUCAAAGUGAGCCAGCUGAUUCCUAGAGCUCGAAAGCCGUUGGUCACUCUGGAAGACACGCGGAGCACGCUGACCGAGGUUGACGUGUCCAUCAACAAUAGCUUGCCGUUGUACAACUCACAACUGCUCCGGGCAUACUCCAUACUGGAUCCGCGGGUGCGGCCUCUGGUCCUGCUGGCAAAGGUCUGGGCAAAGGGCAAGAAGGUGUGCGGUGCACAAGGGGGCAAUCUGUCCUCAUACUCGUGGACCAUCAUGGUUGUAUACUUCCUCCAGUUGGUGGGCCUGCUCCCAUCUCUUCAGCUACUCUCCAAAGAAGAGAGGACUCUGCAGACGAGGGACUACUGGGCCCAUGAGCGGCCGUUUGAGGUCGGCUUCCUUACGGCCGAGGAAUACCAGAACGACGUGGCUGACGGAAAGAUAGCUGCACCCAAUGGAGAGGCCAGCCUGUCGCUGGCUGAGCUUUUCUACGGCUUUGUGCGCUUCUACUCCGCGGAGUACGAGUGGGGCAAAGAGGUGGUUUCCAUUCAGAAGCCUGAUCGGAAAGAUCGAGGUCCAUGGUUCCUGCUCUUUGGCAAGGCUCAUCCAGAGCCGUGCAUCCACGUGGAGGAUCCAAUUGAGUUCCGCGACCUCAACAUUGUGAUGAUGAGAGAACGGCUCGCUCAGCUCAAGGUGGAGUUCGAGCACGCGCUGGAGAUGCUCUCAGAGGGCUGCAGCCUUGAAGAGCUGCUCAACCGUGAGCCUCGGCCGGACGUGAUGCUCAUACCUCGCCGGCGAAAGUUUGGAAGGAAGAAGAAGUACAGGUCCAUGCCCCUCCCGCGGUUGCCGGAUUUCAACUAG